AUUUCUCUCCAGUGUAUUUGGAAGGCAUUAUGCAAUUGUGUAGCUUGUACAAUCAGUAUGAUAACUGAAUCUUGCAAAUACCGUCACCAUGAGUCCAUGCGUGAAAGCUAUGAAGACAAAUAUGAGCGCCGACAAGAGAAGCAUGAAAACUUGCGAAGAAGGAAUAACAUAACCAUAUGCCGCCUGGUGGCUAAACAUCAGAGCAAAGAGCCCAAGGAAGUACUCCAAAGCCCCCGACAGAAAGAGUUCUUCAGGAGAAGAAAUUUAAUAAUUGAAGAGCAAAGAAAGAAAGAAGUGAGGUCACCUCCUUGCAUAAAGGCAUCUCUGGUUCUUGAGAACAAAAUGGAAGAUUUUGCAGAGGUGUCUUGGAACAACCCUACCUCCCAACUUUCUUCCAGCAAUUCUGCACAGCAUAGCUUUAGUGAUGGGUUUGCACAUAGCAACUUCAGUUCCUGCGGUAUCUUUCCUAAAACCAUGACCAAUGUGAAAGUUUCCAAAAUCUGCAAAGGUACACAAACCAGAAAUGAGCCCAAUGCAGUAAAGAACAAUUCAAGCCAACAGACAGACUGUGGAAUAGCAAUUUUAGAUAAGGAAAUAAUUCAACUUUCUGGCUACCUCAAAGAGGCCUUGCAUCGAGAGCUACUGCUGAAGAAGAAGUUGACAGUGUUACAGGACCUCCUAGCCAUGUUGCUGCAGGCUGCGGAGAAAUCUUGGAAGGGUCAGAUAAAUGAAGACCAACUCAAGAGCAGAGUGUGUGUGUUGGAGAAUCAGCUGCAGACUUCCACCCAGAGUUACUCAAACAGAAGUUUGAAGAAAAUUCUGCUGGAGAUGGAGGACCAGAAGCAGAACUAUGAGCAGAAAGCAAAAGAGUCUCUUCUGAAAUUACUUGAGGAGAAACUGCAAGCAGAACAGCAACUCCAGAAUGCCCAGAGAGCAUUAACUGUUGCAGAGGAUGACUGCAGCCUGUGGAAAGAACAUUAUAACACACUAAAACAAGAUUGGAGCCGGCUAACCAAUAAGCAUGUUGAACUAGAAAACAAGCUCCAUGUCUUGGAUAACAAACUGCAGUGGUCGGGUGCUCAGAACGCUCAGCUGAACCAAGCCCUGCAGAACCUGGAGAGUGAACGUGUCGCUCUCUGUUCAAAAAUGGAUGCCUUACAGGAAGACAGCAGGCUCGCAAUGGAGCAUGUUAGUGCAAUGGAAGACAGGCUGCAGACUGAAGAAAGACAGAAGCUAGCACUGGAGGAAACUAUUAAACGUUUGCACAACCGUGAUAUAUCCAUGAACAGUCAAGUCUUCAACCCUGCCAGAGACAGGCCGAGUGUCUUGUCAAAGGACCACAAGGGGGCCAAAGUGAACAGUCUGCAAGACCAGCUGCAAGAGAGAACAUCCCAGUUUACAGCUAAGGAAGAAGAGUGCAGAGAUCUCCAUUGUGAACUGGAAGUCCUGAGUCAUGAGUAUCGCAGCUGUUUGAUCAAGUUACAACAGUGUCGAGAUGAACUCAAUCAGAGGAAACCGGUCCAAAGACGGCACGAUCACUGGAUCCCCCUCCUAAUGGUGGUGAUGGCAGCAGCUAUGGUAGCAUACUUAGCCAACUUUAUACCCUGAUUACAAUCUCAGUCUAGUUUUGCUUGUAUUUCUUUGCAUAACGUCAUUCUAAGUUACCUAUUUUUGUACUAAACAUACUUCCUAAAAUAUUUCUUAUAAUAUCUGAACUGUUCUUUGUGCUUGUUGGUCUAAAAGUAAUUACUGCUGUUGUUUAACUUAGGUGGUUGUUUUUAAUUAAAGGUUAUCUU